AUGGGUACUAAUAAACAAGAUAAUAUUUAUUUUCGUUCAUAUUAUACUCAAAAACCAACUAUUGAGUAUCGAUCAACAAAUAAAUAUAUCAAUGCAAGAUUCAAUUUAGCAACAUGGUCUAUUAAUGAUGUUUCGAGAUGGCUUCGAUCAUUUGAUGAAAGUUAUCAUAUUUAUAUUGAUAUAUUCAGAAAAGAUAUGAUUGAUGGAUUUCGUCUUUUCCGUUAUAUUAAUGAUCAUACUUUAAAACAAUAUGGAAUAAAUAAUAAAGAUCAUCGAGAAAGAAUUGUCGAUGAAAUUCAAUAUUUAAAACAAAAUCAUAAGAGCAUUGUGUGGUCUUCAAUAAGAUAA